CCAACUUUUUAUUGAGAGAUUGGAAAGCAGUGGCAAGAGGUUUUGACAUAUAAAAAAAAAAGAGAGAGAGAAAAAAUCUGAACCGUCCUUCUUUUCUUUUUAAAUACUAUGGCACCACCUACAACAACACUUGUGGUAGACAAUGGCGCGUAUACGAUCAAGGCAGCUCUUGCCAAUAAAGAAGCGAUCCCAAGACUUGUUUCCAACGCGAUCGUACGUGGCAAAACAGACAAGCGUAACUAUAUUGGAGACGAACUCGACACCUGUACCGACUUUUCUUCACUCUAUUAUCGACUGCCUUUUGAAAGAGGACUAUUGACCAAUUGGAAUAUCGAAAGAAGCAUUUGGCAUCGAUUGUUUAAACAUGUUAUGCAAAUUGACCCCAAAGAGACACGAUUGCUUGUGACUGAGCCCUGCUUCAACUUACCUGCUAUUCAAGAUGGAUACGAUCAAGUUAUAUUUGAAGAAUAUGAAUUUAAUGCCUGUCAUCGCACCAUGGCACCCCAACUUUGUCUGUAUAAUGAUUUGGGUGGAUUGUUUGGAGACAAUGCUAUUCCUGAUUGCACAUUGAUUGUGGAUUCAGGCUUUUCAUUUACACACAUUGUCCCUUUCUUAAAAGGAAGUCCGAUUCCAAAGGGCAUAAGACGACUAAAUGUGGGAGGAAAGCUAUUGACAAACCAUCUAAAAGAAGUUGUUUCGUUUCGAUCGUAUGACAUGAUGGAAGAAACUUAUAUUAUAAAUGAUGUAAAAGAGAAAUGUUGUUUUAUGUCACAUAAUGUAUAUGAUGAUUUGGACAUUUGCAAAAAACAACGCUUAAAGAACACGAUUGUACAAGAAUAUGUAUUGCCAGACUUUAUUCACCAUGCAACAGGUCAUAUUCGUACUGGAAAUAGUCCAACUGGUGAACAACAGCAAAUACUCGCUAUGAAUAAUGAAAGAUUUAUGAUUCCCGAAAUUUUAAUGCACCCAUCUGACAUUGGUCUAGAACAGGCAGGUAUUCCAGAAGCUAUUACUCAGAGUGUAUCUGCUUGUGAUUCAGAAAUACAUGGACUCUUAUACGCUAAUAUCGUAUUAAUUGGGGGCAAUGCAAAUAUACCUGGCUAUAAAGAACGCAUUGAGCAUGAUUUAAGACAGUUUGUGCCUGAUGAGUUUGAAAUUCGAUUAGCGAUCCCUAAAGAUCCAGUAACAUAUGCAUGGGAAGGUGGCAAUCAGUUUAUUUCUCUCAGUUCUAAAGCAGAAUUACAAAGGACAUUUGUACAACGUAAAGAAUAUUUAGAGUAUGGUAGCAAUAUUUGUAGACGGAAGUUUGGCUCCCUGUAACACAGUUAUUUAUUUGUUUAUUAAAAAGUGACCGAUCCAAGCUUAUUAUAAUGAAUAAAAAGCAAAAGAAAACAAAGAAGA